AUGCCACCUGAUCCUCUCUUGGAAGAGGACGAACAAUACGCUUCUUCAGAAGACUCAGACUUUUCUCCAGACAAUGCGCCGCAACAGACUUCUGACCAUUCUGACUUGGAAGAUGAAGACGACAAAACAACCAACAAACGAAGUCACCCAGUGGACGACGAAGAUGCUGCCGAUGCAGGGUACGACAACUCAGGCGAUGAAGCAAUCAUAAAAAGGGGCGAAAAGCGUCGCAAGAAGACGCAUGCGAAAGGAGUACACGAAGAUGACGAGGGAGGUGAAGGCGGCUUGGUCAAGACCAGGAGACAGCGUGCUGCCGAGAAAGAGGAACGCAAAUAUGUCACGAAUAACGAGCCAGUCACCGUCGAUGUCGAUGCGCUUUGGGCACAAAUGAUAUCCCAGACUCCAGUUCCCGGAAGCAAGGUUGACCAACCUGACAAAACAGAUGCAGAAACCAACUCAGCAAACCAGAAGGACGAGCCAGUUUCACGAGCAAUAGACAUUGCUGGAUCAGACGAUGCAUCGGCGAUGAUACGCAUAAAACGCACCUACAACUUUGCGGGUCGGGUACACACAGAGGAGAAGCUUGUUCCGCGCGAUUCGGCCGAAGCGAAGCUAUAUCUUGCCUCACAGAGCCAGGAAGUACCUGUAGACGGUCUUGAAAAGCAGGUCACCAGGAAAGCAUUCCGGUCGGCGUUCGAGCCUCAGAUGGAGCUUUUACCCCAUCGAUCAGAUCUGAAUCUUGGAAUGGCCGCCCGAAUAAAGGCUGGCAAGGAGGCGCAAGCCAAGAAGCUUAAUGUUGUUGAGAAAAGUCGCAUGGACUGGGCCGGUUAUGUGGACAAGGAGGGCAUCAAGGACGAGCUGGAAUUGGCUGGAAAGUCCAAGGAUUCCUACAUGGCGCGAGAAGACUUUUUAGCAAAGAGUGAGGCACUCAGAGAAGAGGAUUCCAGAAGGGCGAGACUUGCGGGAAAGGUCUGA